AUGGUUUCAAAAGCUUUCUUUGUGGCCUUUUCCCUUUGGUUACUUGUGCUUCUCCUCUUCAAUCCAUCACAAGCCCAUGUACUAUUUGGUUUCUACAAUGUGACAUGCCCUAACGCAGAGACUAUGGUUCGCGAUGAAGUUGGUAAGGUCUUAGCUAAACAACCGGACCUUGCAGGUGCCUUGAUUAGAUUGCAUUUCGUGGAUUGUUUCGUCGGGGGAUGCGAGGCAUCGAUAUUGUUGAAUUCUACUGCUAACGGCCCUGCAGAGAAAGAUGCACCUCUAAACAAAGGCAUUAGAGGUUUUGAUGUGAUCGACGGCAUUAAAGCUAAAAUGGAGCAAGCCUGUCCAGGAAUAGUUUCUUGUGCUGAUAUUAUCACAAUGGCGGCUCGAGACUCGGUGUAUUUGAGCCAUGGGCCAUUUUACACAAUACCGACUGGUCGAAGGGAUGGAAACGGAUCGGUAGCGUCUGAUGUUGCAAAGUAUGUACCAUCCCCUGCCGCGACCAUUGAUGAUAUUAAAGCAUUCUUUGCCAAGAAGAACCUAACAGUCAAGGACCUUGUUGUUUUAUCAGGUGCACACACCCUAGGGAAGGCUCACUGCUACUCCUUCUCGGACCGCCUCUACAACUUCAAAGGAAAUGGCAGCUCCGAUCCUUCGCUCGACGCCAACUACACGAUGGCCCUACAGAACCAAUGCAAGCCCAACGACAUGACGACCCUCGUCGACUUGGAUCCCGACAAUGCGACCAUGUUCGACUUGGACUACUACAAGCUUGUGUCCAACAUGAAAGGUCUCUUCGCCUCCGACGUAGCGCUUCUUUCCGACGUCGACGCAAAAGCAUACGUGACUCGCCAAGCGAAUGCAACCAAGACUGACGAGUUCUUCAACGAUUUCGCGACUUCGAUGGUCGCGAUGGGGCGACUCAGCGUUCUUACUCACCAGAAUGGUGAGAUAAGGAAGAUCUGUUCUAAACUUCCAACAAAGUUCUUCUAG